CACGUGAACGGAAUAUCAAACAAAACAAUUCCAAAAACACAAAGUACAGAGCUUCGUCAUCACUUACGAUCCGCGCCAUAUAUCUCUUUGAUCUCUUACCUAUAUAUACUUAAUUUCCUCCUCUUCAUCGUCACCACCACACACUCUUCUCUUACUCUUUCAUUCUCUGCUGCUACUACUUCAAUGGAACUCAACGGUACCAUCCUCUUCACCACUGUAGGCAGGCCUGAAUACGGCUUCGAUGUCUUUACUGUCCAGCUCCAACCUCACCAACGCAUUGGCCCCGAAAGCCGCCUCACCGACGCCCGCUCCGUUAACUUCAACGCUCAAUUCCUCGACCACGACGACUCGGGAGGCGACGCCAUCGUUUUUGUAUCCGAGAGAACAGGUUCUCCUCGAAUCUACCUCACUCGUCCGGGACUUACUCACCCCAAACCACUGCCUUUCGUCUCCGAUAGCCUCUUUCAUGACCGACCUGUUAUCAGGAAAGAUAGGCUUUACUUUAUAUCUGCUCAUGAAAAGCCUGAUUCCGUUUUUAAAAGCUGGUCCGCUUUGUACUCUGCUCCGCUCGUUCACGAUAACUGUGAAAUUACCAGAUUAACCCCGUUCGGAUCUGUGGAUUACAGUCCUGCUGUUUGUCGCUCUGGUGAAUUCGUCGCCGUCGCGUCGUAUGGAUCCCGUCCUUGGGGCGGCGAGUUUCAUGAGCUCAACACUGAUAUUGUUGUCUUCGAUUCAUCUGAUCCGGAAACCCGAGUAGUUGUUUGCGAACGAGGUGGCUGGCCUUCCUGGUCCGGUGAUACCGCCAUUUACUUUCAUCGUAAAGCCGAUGAUGGUUGGUGGAGCAUUUUCCGAGUUGAUUUUCCAGGAAAUCUCGCUUCGACUACUGAUUUUCCAAUUGCUCCGAUUCGAGUCACGCCACCCGGUCUCCACUGCUUUACUCCUGCAGCUAUGCACGACGGCCGAGCAAUCGCCGUCGCCACACGACGGCGCGGCAAUAAAUUUCGCCACAUUGAGCUCUUCGAAGUGGAGUCAAAGACUUUUACUCCGAUUACCGAAACACUCAACCCGAAUCUCCACCAUUACAACCCGUUCGUCUCGCCCGAUUGUCAAUCUCUAGGAUACCACCGGUUUCGAGGCCAGUCAUGCACAAACGGCGUUUCAAAGAUUCCGCGCAUGGAUCUGGUGACAUCGGCAGUGAAAGAACUCCGAAUGUUGAGAGUUAACGGUUCGUUUCCCUCCGUCUCACCUGACGGUGAUCUCGUCGCAAUCAACCAUGAUUUUAACGAUAACGGCGGUCUAUCGAUCGUUAAAUUGGACGGUUCAAAACGUUGGACGUUACUCAAAGGCCGUACAGUAUUCUACAACUCGUGGAGUCCAGCUGAGAAGAAUGUCAUAUACACUUCCAUUGGACCCGUCUUUGAGUCGGUGAAAGCAACUGUUCAGAUUGCAAGAAUUACAUUUAAUCUUUCAGAUCUUGCCGGUGGUGAUCGUGAAGACACGAUUAUCCCCUGCGAUAUGAAAGUCCUCACCGGAGAACACACAGGGAACAAUGCUUUCCCUUCUUGCUCCCCUGACGGGAAAUCCGUUGUCUUUCGUUCCGGCCGUUCUGGCCAUAAGAAUCUCUAUAUCGUAGACGCCGUUAACGGUGAGUUUGACGGCGUUAUACGACAGUUAACGGACGGUCCAUGGAUUGACACCAUGCCUAGCUGGUCACCUAAAGGUGAUCUCAUUGCUUUCUCAUCUAAUAGACACAAUCCGGCUGAUGUCACUACAUUCAGCAUCUACGUCAUCAAACCGGACGGGUCCGAGCUGAGGAGGAUCCAUGUGGCAGGUCCUGAAGGGUCUAGUGAGGUGGACAGGGAGAGGAUAAACCACGUGUGCUUUAACGAGAACGGGGACUGGUUGUUGUUCGCUGCUAACAUGGGCGGCGUGACUGCCGAGCCGGUGUCGUGGCCUAAUCAGUUUCAGCCGUAUGGAGACUUGUUUGUGGUCAGGCUGGAUGGUACUGGUUUGAAGAGGCUGACGUGUAAUGGCUAUGAAAAUGGGACGCCGACGUGGAUCUCCGGGGUUGACGUGGCAACGAACGUAGCAGUUAAUAAUGAGGAUGAUGUUGGGGAUGAGCUUAGGGGUGAAUUUGACGAACCUCUUUGGAUAACUUGUGAGAUAUAAGGUAGAUACACUCGUCUCGUCGCAAGCGUGUUUCUUGAAUCAAUUUAUGGCAAAUUUCACAUAGUUUUACUUUUAAUUUUACUAAAAGUUUGAGCUUUUCUCUUUUGGAUUUAUAUUUUAAAAAGAAAUUUUUUUAAAAGC